AUUCAGAGAGACAAAGGAGAUUAGAGGUUAUUGGAGUCUGAGGGGAUGCAGGAAUAGGGAGUUUGGUUAAUGUUUUAGAGUUUCCGUUGGGGUGAUGAGAAAGUUUUGGAAUUAUUAGUGAUGGUUGUACAAUAUUGUGAAUGUAAUUAAUGCCACUGAAUUGUACACGUAACAAUAAUUAAGAUAGCAAAUUUUGUUAAUUUUUUUACUACAAUUUUAAAGACUCAUAAUGUAAUUUGCCAAAACCAUUGGAUUGUAUACUUUGAGUGGAUGAAUUGUAUGGUAUGUGAAUUAUAUCUUAGUAAAGCCGUUUAGAAAAAAAAAGGCAAAAUGAAGACAUUGUCAGACUUAAAAAGCUGAAAGAAUUCAUUACCAGCAGACCCACAUUGCAGGAAAUGUUAAGCGAUGGCCUUCAGGGAGAAAGGAAAUGAAACCAAGUGGAAAUCUGGAUCUACAGGAAAGGAUGAAAAGCAGUGGCAAUGGUAACUACGUAGCUUCAUCUUCUCAGGAUCUCCAUUACUCAAAAAAGCAUCAUCAAAAACAAGGAGGGCAUGGAAGCCAAGUCACUAACUGCCAGGUCCCAUACACUGGUGACCUUCAAGGAUAUACUUGUGAACUUCACCAGGGAGGAGUGGAAGCUGCUGGAUACUGCUCAGCAGAUCAUGUACAAAGAUGUGAUGCUGGAGAACUAUAAGAACCUGAUUUCCUUGGGGCAUCAGCUUCCCAAACCAGAUGUGAUCCUCCAAUUGGAGAAAGGGGAAGAGCCGUGGCUGGUGGAGAGAGGGAUUCACCGGGAGACCCAUCCAGAUUUGGAGACUGCAGUUGAAAUUAAAUCAUCAAUUUCCAGUAAGAGCAUUUCUAAAAAUAAACAAUCCUAUGGCAUUAAAAUGGAAGGAAUUGCAAAGAAUGAUCUCUGGUAUUUGUCAUUAGAAGAAGUCUGGAAAUGUGAAGACCAGUUGGACAAGUAUCAGGAAAACCAGGAGAGACAUUUGAGGCAUCGGCUUAUUCAUACUGGAGAAAAGCCCUAUGAGUGUAAAGAAUGUGGAAAAUCUUUCAGCCGGAGUUCUCACCUCGUUGGCCAUCAGAAGACUCACACUGGUGAAGAACCCUAUGAAUGUAAAGAGUGUGGAAAGUCCUUCAGCUGGUUUUCUCACCUUGUCACCCAUCAGAGAACUCACACAGGAGACAAACUGUACACUUGCAGCCAGUGUGGGAAGUCUUUUGUCCACAGCUCCAGGCUGAUUAGGCACCAGAGAACUCAUACUGGAGAGAAACCCUAUGACUGUCCCGAGUGUGGGAAGUCUUUCAGACAGAGCACACAUCUCAUUCUGCAUCAGAGAACUCACGUGAGAGUAAGGCCCUAUGAAUGUAACGAGUGUGGGAAAUCUUACAGCCAGAGAUCUCACCUUGUGGUGCACCACAGAACUCACACCGGACUGAAGCCCUUCGAGUGUAAAGACUGUGGAAAAUGCUUCAGUCGAAGCUCUCACCUGUUCUCCCAUCAGAGAACCCACACUGGAGAGAAACCGUAUGAAUGCCAUGACUGCGGGAAAUCCUUCAGCCAGAGUUCUGCCCUCAUUGUGCAUCAGAGAAUUCAUACUGGAGAGAAGCCAUAUGAAUGUUGCCAAUGUGGAAAAGCCUUCAUCCGGAAGAAUGACCUUAUUAAGCAUCAGAGGGUUCAUGUUGGGGAAAACACCUAUAAGUGUAAUCAGUGUGGGAUUAUCUUCAGCCAGAACUCUCCACUGAUUGUACAUCAAAUAGCCCACACUGGAGAACAGUUCUCAACAUGUAACCGGUGUGGGACAGCGCUUGUCAACAGCCCUAACCUUAUUCGAUACCAGACCAAUCAUAUUAGAGGAAAUACUUACUAAUAUAGUGAAUGUGGAGAGUUCUGUACAAAGAGCAGUAACUUUCUUUUGCAUUGGAAACUCCUUCUGGGGAGAAGCUGUGUAGGUGUAAUCUGUGCAGAAAUGCUUUCAGUCUUGUUACUACCCUUUUGUGCACUAGAGAGCUGGUCCUAGAAGGGGAAAUAACCCAAGAUUUCAUUUUAGUACACAAAUACAUCAGCUUUUCUUUCCACAAAUUCCUACAAAAGCAGUUGUCCUCGGAGCAUUCUUGACCAAGCCUUAAAAUGCUAAAAUCUGAGAAGUAGGUGAGUUGUUGAGAGAUUAUCCAACUUUGUUACCUUCUUCAAAAAGAUAAGAGUUGCUACUGCAAAGAAUAAAAAAUUGAUAGUUAUCGUAACAAAAGUGGAAAAUAGUAUUCCAGUGAGUUAAUAUGCCCCCCCCCUUUUUUUUUUUACUUAAUUGUCUUUCUGGGACAUUUAGUAGUGUUUACUCUGUUUUAUGUGUCUGAUUUAAGCCACAUUUUGGUUAGCAGCAGGGAAAAUGCUUAUAAUGUAAUGUAGAAAAAUAACAUUUACUAGUAAUGGUACUUAUUUUAAAUAUAUUUGCGUGUGGGCAAGAAUUGGAAAACUACCCAUGGAUAAAUGACCAGAAAUGAUUUGUUAGGUAAUGGGAUUGAGUUUUAUAGUUUAUUCCUUGUUACUCUGAUAAUUAUUUGAAGAUAUUUUUAAAUAUUAAGAAAAAGAUAUCCAGCUUCUCUAUUCUAUCAUCAAGGACACUCAAGAACCAUCUACCAGCAGACUUUCCCAUUGUGUGUUGUUUAGGGUCAUAGUUAGAGUUGCACUCUUUGAGACAGGGUGCUAAAGGCUCCUGGGAAUUUAGAGACCGUGAUUCUUCGGACAUGGGGAUCUAGAGGAAGAUUAGGUAUUUGAGCACACCAGGGAGGGUCCCCAUUUGAGUGGGAACAGGUACUUGGGCCAUACUUAGAGCAGCUAUGCUCAUGAAAUAAACAGCAGUGCCCAAAGCCACCCUCCUUCCAAGGUAGUCCUUUAUCUUUAUGAAGGAAACGUAGUGGUUAAAUGCAUAAGCUUGAGCUAGACUACCCAAGUGGAAAUUCCACCUCUGCCCUUAACUUGCUGAGUGAACUUGGGCAUGCUGCCUAACCUCUCUGUGCCUAACUUACAGAUCUCCGCUUCUUUAAAUUAGGGAUAUUACUUACCUUGUAGGACUGUGGUGGGUAUUAAGUGAGUAAACACAUAAGCAGUUUAGUGCCUGAUGUAUAUUAAGUGCUUUAUCAUUGCUAGCUGUGGUGAUCGGUGUUACUGUUGUUGCCUCACCUUGGUGUGUGUCAUUGAAUUUAAACCUGGCUGAGUGUGAGUAAGAGCUCACAGGGCUCUUGCUUCCCUCCCAGCCACAUGUUUCCCUCUUACCUCCGUCAGCACUUGGCCUGAGGAAAUCGGUGCCCAUAUUGGGUGUAUUGACUCAUUUCCGAGGAUCAGUAAACAGCUUUUAAUAUUGUAUACGAAAUCAUCUUGUUUGUACAGAGGUAAUAUCUUCUAGGGAGAGGAGCCUAAUCUUCAGAUUCUGUGAUAAGUUCAUGCCCCCAAAAAGAUUUAGCAAUAGAACCUGUUUUAAUUCUCUCUCUCAUUCUGUAAAUGGAUCUCCUGUGUAUAGAGACUAGCCAUUAUCUGCCAUUUGCCAGCAAACAAGAUAUAUGUUAGAUGCUUAAUGAUUGAUGGUUGAAUGAUAAAUAUUUUUGAGACCAAGAGGACAAAGAUCUUGAUGUCUCUCUCACAGGAAAAAUCUAGAAAUGAUUGCUAGUGUCAUGAGACUUGGGAGCCACAGGGAACGUAAGACCAUCUAACUUGUACUCUUCAUCAUACAGUUGAGAUAAGGUGAGUUGGCGCAGGUCUCACGUUUUGAGUGAAGUUAGACCCAGAACUAGAUCUCUGGUCUCUCGGUUACUAUUACUACUGCUCUCCUCGGUGCUUAUAUACCAAUACAU